AUGCGCACCCGAUCUGGCGACGCAGAUGGUAUGAUCAGAUCCAAUGCCAGCUUCUCAAGAACCUAUCUCACGCGAGAGCAUUACAGCGGCCCGACACUGCUGCGGUGCAUCCGAGCGGAGGAGGUCGAUAAACAAAUCCUCAACCCAGUCAUGCAGACCGACAUGCGGGAAGAUGAGAAUCUCAUCUACGCGCCACCGGAUUCUAGUUCCUCGGACGAGGACGAGGAUGACUAUCUAGCCCACGAGACUUCUCUGAAUUCGCCCGAACAACCCAGAGUCAAGGCUCCGAAGAGCGGGAAACGUGCGGCGCAUAUCGCGGCCUCGACCAGCUCGAAACGGCGGAAAAUCGAGAUUGAGCAGGCGCCUGACAGCCCCAAGACCGUUGACGAUUCUCCUCGGAUCGAUCCGGUGCCCGGAUGGAUCUCGUCGGGUCCGCAGAAGAGAAAGCCCUCGAAGAAUUAUGCCAAUCGCAAGCUUUUACAAAGAUUAGAGAUUGUCGCGAGCACGACCACGGCACACGCAGAGGGAAAUGGCAUCGUAUCCCCUCAAGAGGAGACCUCCCAAACACAAACAACAUUUAUAGAGGCCGCCGAAGUGCCUACUCCAGGCACGGUGAAUGGUAGCACCAAGCCAGGUCAGAGGACGACUCUACCGAGCCCUCCCAGCGAGCGAUCGGAUCCGGAAAGAGCGGGAAAUCAGAUAUCAGACUUGCCUAACUUUUCGUUGUCGGGCGGCAUAGACAAACCUACGUCCGUCGAUGCAUUUAUACCCCGAAGGAAAGGCCGUUCAAGGUCGGCCUCGGCGUCCUCUGUGUCCUCUUUGUCUUCUGUGGACGAGGUAUUUCUGGUGCUGCACGAAAACGAAUUCAGCGCAGAACACGGAUCACGAUCGGCUGGAGUGCGCUGUCCGGUCUGUCAACAAACUAUUUACGACUCCGUCUCGGUGUUUAUUCCAGAAAACCUUCGCACUAUGCCUUUCAAACAACAACAGAAGUUUUGUACUGACCACCGCCUUAAGGAAGCACGAAAGCAAUGGGAAGAGAGAGGCUAUCCGAAGCUGGAUUGGGCGGAGCUGGAAACUUUCCGCAUACCAAAGAAGACCCCACAGCUGAAGCGGGUGCUCAGUCGAACCAGACCCAGUUACUACCGGGAUCAAUUCGACGCGAUGAUCAAAGAGGCCCGGGGCAAUCGCAAGGCGAUCCGGAGCUAUCUCAAUGAAGGCCUGAGUGACAUUGCGAAGCCGGGGUAUUACGGCCCCAAAGGAACCCGGAUCAUGGUGCAUGCCAUCACGGAAUUACUCUCUAAGAAUCUCAUACAGGUAUCACAGACGGACCCGUCGAUGCAGGCGACCGGCGUGGGCGCAUAUGUGAGUGCUGUCCUGGUGCCCGAGUUGACCAUGUUGCUCGUCAUGGAAGACAUGAAGUUGCGCACGGGCAAGGACGGCCGGAGGGUGUUGGACGAGAGUUCCGACAUUGGAAUUCUCUUGAAUCCAGACGACGACCGUGUGAAACGUGUGAGACGACGGAGAUGA